UGCAUUCCCAGUUUGAAUUCGUGUUGAAUGAUGUUGAAGAGCGUAGUAUUAUUGGCCUGCAUUGCCUGUGCCUUGGGCGCUGCGGUACCCGAGGGUAUGCUGCCUCAAUUGGAUGGUCGCAUUGUGGGUGGUGUUGCCACAACCAUUAAUUCUUAUCCUUGGCAAAUUUCUCUGCAACGCAGUGGUUCCCAUUCCUGUGGUGGUUCCGUGUAUUCGGCCAACAUUGUUGUGACCGCCGCCCAUUGCCUGCAAUCGGUUUCCGCUUCGGUUUUGAAGGUACGUGCUGGUUCCACCACCUGGAAUGCUGGUGGUACUUUGGUCUCGGUGGCUGCUUUUAAAAAUCACGAAGGCUACAAUUCCUGGACCAUGGUCAAUGAUAUUGCUGUCAUCCGUUUGAGUUCUUCGCUGACUUUCGGUUCGACCAUCAAGUCCAUUGGUUUGGCCAGCAAGGCCCCAGCCAAUGGUGCUGCUGCUGUUGUCUCCGGUUGGGGUACCCAAUCUUAUGGUGCCGGUUCCUUGCCCUACACUUUGCAAUAUGUUGAUGUUAGCAUUGUUAGCCAGGCCUCUUGUGCUUCGUCGACUUAUGGCUAUGGUUCGGAGGUAAAACCCACCAUGAUCUGUGCCUAUGCCAAGGGUAAGGAUGCCUGCCAGGGUGAUUCGGGUGGUCCAUUGGUGUCGGGUGGUGUUUUGGUUGGUGUUGUCUCCUGGGGUUACGGUUGUGCUUUUGCCGAUUAUCCUGGUGUCUAUGCUGAUGUGGCUACCCUGCGUUCUUGGGUUGUCAGUGCCGCCGGCUCGGUUUAGGGCACGAGAUGCUACGAGAAGCUUUGAAGAAGUGAAAUAAAGAUCUAUAUAUUCAAAAUAA